CCACGUACGGUUACUGAGUGAAAACGAAACCGCAAGCUUGUCUUUUGAGGCGGAACUAAAAGUGUUUGUCCUCUCUGACCCGCCAAAUCGCAAAAGAAGACGUGUGGUCGAUACAGACACGGUUUAACCUCUUUUGGCUGAAUUCAAAGCUUCGGAGGUUUUCAAACGAGAAUAAAGCAGCAUGGAGAUACCUAUUGUAGACUUCAGUGUCUAUGAACGUGCCAACACGCACGUAUCAGACGACAAAUUAGAAAAGCUUGGAAAAGAACUGAGAGCGGCAUUUACCAAUGUAGGAUUUGUUUGUUUAAAAAACACAGGCAUACAUCAAGAAGAGGUGGACAAAGUCAUGAGUGUUUCCAAAAAGUUCUUCAGUUUGCCUGAAAAUGUGAAGGCACCGUUCAGCAGGGGCAAUUUCUCCUGUGAUGUGAAUCAUGGCUGGGUUUCACUAGAAACAGAAAGUCUGAAUCCUCAGCGUCCCGGUGAUUUGAAGGAGGCAUUCAAUAUAACAUCACUGAGGGCAGAUAUUAAUUGGCCCUCUGAAGGAGUUGAGGAUUUUCGAGAUGUCCAUAAGGCAUUUUAUCUGCGCUGUAAGGAUCUUUCUCUCAGGGUCUUGAGAGUGAUGGCUCUUGGUUUAGGUCUGGAUGCAGAUGUCUUCCUCAAAGCCCAUAAGCAUAUUGAUGCUGAUGUGAAUCCAACCACUUUGCGGACUUUGUACUAUCCGCCUGUGAAGAGUGAAUGUGUGAAACAAGAUCAGGUGCGCUGUGGUGAACACUCAGACUAUGGCAGUAUCACUCUUGUCUUCCAAAGUCCAGAAGGUGGACUACAGGUUCUCAGUCGGACUAAAGAGUACAUUUCAGCCCCAGCCAUUCCUGGAACAGUUGUAAUUAACAUAGCAGAUCUGAUGCAAAGAUGGACCAGCGAUGUUUUUGUGUCCUCUGUCCAUAGAGUGUUGCUGCCCCCUGAAGGCGACUACAAUACACGUCAGUCUUUGGCAUUCUUUGUUCACCCUGAUAAUGAUGCCAUUAUUACUUGCUGUGAUGGGUCGGACAAAUAUCCUCCUAUUAAUUCACUUGAUUACCUUUUGUCAAGAUUCAAGGAUUCUUAUGGGAAAAAGGUUGAUCUGUGAUAUGUUUAAAUUGAUUCUUUUUAUAAAUCAUUUAAUAAGUGAUUUAUAAUCAUUUAUAAUCAUCAAACUUUUUUUCUUUCAAUUAUGACUUGUUUUGCAUUUCUUUUUUGAAUCAAUUAAUCAUUUCUUUUUCUAGAGUGUUACUGGCAACCAGCUGCAUAAUUACAGCAAUUUUUACAGUGUUAUUAGUGAAGUCCACUUAAUAAAUUGGAUUAGAUAUCAAAGAUCUUAAAGUAAUGCAAUAGAAAUCCUAAGAAAAGUCUACAAAAAAAUUGGAGUUAAAAAUGUUACAUAUGUAGCUAAAACUGAAUUUGUGAAGACUUUCUGUCCAGUAUUCUGUCCGAUUAUUUAUACAUUUUUAAAUGUUUAUGGUUAGGUUGUGCUGGUAACGUUUAGCCUAUUUCAAUGUUUAACCAAAAAUUUUGUUUUGAAUUGUUUUAAAGGAGUCAUAUAGCCAGAUUGCAUGUUUUCCUUUGUUUUUAGAGUGUUUAAUGAUGUCUGUGCACAUAAAAGAUCUGUAAGGUUGCAAAAAUAAAAGUUUCAAAUCCAAAGAGAUAUUCUUUUUAAACGUGAAGCCUCAUCCACGCCCACCUAAAACGGCUCGUUUAACACGCCCAUGGAGUUUGACGUCAUACUGGUUUGAACCAUAGACUGUAAAAAAAGAUGGACGACGCCUGUUCGCUCCCUUGCAAUACUAUAUUAUUACCAAAUAUUAAAUUUAGUCUUUUUGUCAACUUGUUUUCUUUUAAUCAGGACUGGUUUUGUAUUUCUUUUUACAUUGAUUAAAUUAGCCUAUGCCUUAUUGAUUUGGGCUGGGUUCCCCGAAACCUUUUUAGCUCUAUGUCGUUCUUAAGUUUUACCUUAAGCUGUCCAUUAUCGUUAA